AGUCCGGUUAAACAGCGGAGCAAUGGGAAAACCCCUGGCCCAGCAUCUCAGGGCUGCUCUGCUGCAGAGCCUUUGAGCAUACCCCAAAUCCCUGUCUGCUUGGCUGUGCUGGGUUUGGGCACUGUCGUUCUGCUUGGAUGCUCCUCGUCAUGCCUUAGCAAAGAUGGGCUGAAUGGGAAGGGAAAAUUGCUCCCUGCAGUUUGCUUUCUCAGCCAGCUGUCCGUGAACAGCACGGGAUUGCUGUCCCGGGCCAGGGAACAGGGAACAAACAGGGAGCAGGAACAGGCUGUGCCUGGAAGGAGCCCCGCGGUCCCACUGCCCUGAGCCGCCGCCGCUGCUGCUGCAGGGGAUCCUGCUCAGCCACGGCACAGAGCUGCCUCUGUCCCUGCAGCCUGGAGGACAGGCAGCAAGGGCUUUGGGAUCACCCAGUUCCGAAGGGUGACAUCCAGCCCAGCUCCCUCUCCGGUGUUGGGGUCGCGGGUUUGUUUAUAGUCUCAGCUCCGACUUGGUGCAUCCUAGAUGAUCGAAUCCAGGAUGGUUUUCUUUGGCUUGAAAGCAGAGCUGAGACCACAGAGUUUGUGUAGUAGUCUCCAAAAAUCACUUCCAGUGUCCUGGCAUGCCUGUGGCACUGUCCCUCCAGGGAUCAGGAGGUAUUUCACAAAUGCAGCCAGGGCAGGGUUGUGAUCUCUGUGCCAACGUGAGAAACUGAGGCAGAGUGGGGACCAGUGACUUACCCAAGGUCCACAGCGAGGCCUUGGCACACCUGGGAAAGGUGUUAGAAGCACCUGGAUCCUAAACCUCUUUAGUCCAAGACCUGUUUGCCAGCUCUGUCAGCAGCCCCUGUGUUUCCCAGGGCUCCCCAGAGGAUCUGAUUUAAGGCAUGUGGAUAACAGCAUUACCUAAUUCUGCUCUUUUAUACCCAGGCCCCUGUGAGAGUAGGACUGGUCUGGCAUGCUUGAGUUUUAUUAAUUUUUUAGGCAGAGAUUUUAAGAUUUAGUAUUUCUGGAGUUCAAAGGUGGACAGGCCUGCAUGAAUAAUUUCUGAUUCCAUUUGCUGCUGCUAGUACUAAGAUUUGCCAAAAGCAGCAUUUAAUGGUAAGUCAACCCCAUUAGUCUUGAAGGGUCUGUGAUAUGUGUAGAGAUAUGAAAUUCCCAGGAAAGGGUAUUUCAAGGGCUGUAGUAACCUUCUAUAACUUUGACUGUGUUAUUUUAAUGGAACUUAGCUUGCCCAUGCACCAUUUCUCUAGGAAUGUAAAAAUCCAACAACCAUCACAAAAGCCAUUCACAUUAGCAGCCUCCUUGUGAAUUUUAAUUAACAGGAAAUGCCACUCAUUGAAAUUCAACAUCCAGAAUAUCUCUGCUUUACUCCUUUGAUGUUCCCCGUCAAGUCCUGGACUAACAUCCAUAUGUUCUCCUGAGACACUCGGAAGAAAAUAAUUUUGGUUUAUUUGUAGUAGGAAAGCAUUUCAUCGUUGUCUUUUAUCCCAGGAGCAUUUGAGUUGCUUUACAAACUGUUCACACGGAGGAGCUGCUCUGUGGGUCCUUACAGCAGGGAGUGAUUCCAGAGCUGUGCUCCUCUGUUUGCACUCAGCAGCAAGGCUGGAAUUUCAGGAGAGGCAGGGAGAGAGUCAUAAAACAAAUGGAAGUCCAGCAUGAUAGGGAAUUCAGCUAUUACAGGUCAGAUAGCCUUGGUUCCCUUAUCACAUUUAUCCCUUGUAAAGGAUAGUGUUGGGAUUUUCCUAUAUUUCUAUAGUAGUAACCUAAGAAGACAUGAUUUGGCUCUGUGUUAGUGUAAGUUGCUCAUUUGCAAGUAAUUUCAACAAACAACAGACCACCUCUAACUAGUUAAUCUUUCCCACACCCUCAAUUUCUCAAAUGGGCAGCAUAAUGUGAUCAACAGGUCCUGAUGACACUGCCAUGAAGAAUUCCCUUCAGACUUAAAUAAUUCUAUUUUAGCCCUUCAUUCCUCUUCUGUCUCCAGCCAUUUUCUUAGGCUGUAUAGUUCAUUUACCCCACCCUCUGCCGGGGGUACAGCAUUGCACCCCCUCCCAUCCCUGUCACCCUGACAAGGGGACAUCAUCACCACAGGUUGAACCUGCAGGUGUCUUGGCACAGGCCCACCCCAAACACUGCAGUCUGCACUCAGAACUGAGUUUAAAACCUCUGCCCUGGUGGGUACAAGCUCAGUGCUCAUCCCUAGUCCAGGUGAAGCCAGGCUCUGCUUCCUGGCAAUGAUGCCAAAGGAAUCCUCUGCUGUCUCACAGUUCCAGCAAGCUGCUCACAGGCAUGUGGGCCUCGGGUUCCUCCUAAGAAGUCCAAAUUGGUGAUGUUAUAAAAUUUUAGAGGCUGGGCUCUACAGAGUCUGGAGCUUGUCAAGAAAGCAAAUUCCUUUUGUACCAUCUGAUAUGACACAGGGUGGGAAAAGGCACCUCGGAGCAUCCCGGGAGGACACAGCAUUGCUCCUUCUCUUAGAACUCUCCCAGCCACAGAGUAUUUUUUUGCAGAACCAAAAUGAGCCCGACCUCAGGGUCCUUGAGCACAGUGUGACCACAAGAUGUCACAGUUGCUUCACUGCCAUGCAUGGUCCUGUCUUUCCCGUGUCCCAGUCCUGCCCCUUUCCCACUCCCAGCCUUCACCCCCCAGGUAUCCUAUGAACACACAUGCUGGUAUUUGCUUUUUUGCUGCUGUGUUUUGUUUGUUGGGUUGUUUUUUUUUUUGGCAAAGCAAGCUUCUUCAUUGUACUCUGAGCCAGGUUAGGAAUUUAGGUUUGCAGCUCAUAUACAGGUCAUUCAUGGUAUAUAAAAUUGAAAUUUCCCCAGAUUUAUGCCUUUGCUGUAGGUCCAGCUGGCAGACAACAAUUUUGAGUAGAGCCAGAGGAAAAAAUCUAAGUAUUUUCUUACUUACAAACAAACACUUGGUGCUGCCAGAGUUAACUGUUCAGUGUCCCCACAGACCUCAGGUGCCUUUGUCAGAUGGUGUAGCAGACUCAGAAAACACCACGAUGUUGUGGACUAGACAGGUUUUUGUUCUUUAUAGCCUAUUGCUAAAUUUAUUUCUUUUUCUGCCCCAGAAAGCUGCCUGCAUAGCCUGGAUGGGGUCCCAGGGGCUGAUGCUAAUACCAGUUCACUCUGAAGUAGAGUGAGAAAGGAGUUUAGUCAGAGAGGAAGCUGAUGAGCCUUGCAGGAUCCAGCUAUGGGUCUUUUGGGUUAGUCCCUUCUAGUGUGCACAUUGAAUUAAAGACCUAAUUCAUGGCCUGUGCAAGCAAUUGCUAUGGAUGCUCCAAACAAACAGCACUUUCUUUCCCGCCCGCCUGGCUGGUGCCUCUUCCCAGCUGGAGCCAGGCAGAGUCUCUCAUCUGGCCCCUGUGCUCCAGGGCACCAGGAGGAAAGCUUUGCUCCACCAGGCACACAGGAAAAAUGAAACCCUCAGCUAUAAAGUGGAGCUGUUGAGUGGAGCAGCAAGGGCACAAGGGCAGAGGUUUGCUCUGCCUGCUGUGCUCCUCGUUCCUUGUCCUCCCAUUCCUGCCACUGCCGCGGGAUCCAGCCGCGUCCCCUGGGGAAGGUGCUGCUCUCCCACCUUUCUCUGGAGGGCAGAGCCCCACGUGCUUUGUCCCCAGGGGUGGCUGGGACAGGGCUGACCUUGAGCCCUUUGCCCUUUCCCACCCAGGGGAGCAUGAGAACAUCCCAGGAGCCCGGCGGUUCCCAGCUGGCGGGAGGGCUUGGCUUGGGACAGCGGGUCCCCAUAGGGGAUGGGCUCAGUGGCAGCUGGGGGAGCUGUGUCACCUUUGCCCACAAAUGGUGGCUUAGCAAGAGAGCAUCUGGCCAAGGGGCAGGUUUGGUGAAGCCAGGGGAGGCUCCUGUAACCCCUGAGCUCAUAACUGAGGAGCAAACACUGUGGUUGGCCCUCAUCUCCAGGUGAGCAGGGUCCAGUGGCUGGAGCUCUGCUGGGGCCAGGCAAGUUGGUCCCUUGGGGACUGCACAUCCUGACCUGUAUAUCUGGGAGCUUCUCAACAGUUUGGGAAUCCCGAGUGUGGCUGGGUUUUCUCUGCAGUGGAUUUGCUGGCUAUCAGGAAUUCAGAAAGGUUCAAGACUGAAACUUCCUCCGCUAGGACUGUGAGAUGAGCCUUGAAGCCGUUUGUGAACCCCACACACAGUUUCAGCAGGGAGCAGCAGCCUGUCAGAACAGAUGAGCAGUUACCAACUGGGUUGCUGGAUUCUGCUGUGCCUUUUGUGCCAUGACUGAUAUCUGAAAAAGGAAAAGGUCCUUUCCACCCUGAGAGAGAUGGCAGCCCUGCUCACUGCUUGCUGGUGGGCAGUGUGAGGAGUAGUCAUCUGAUUUCCCCACAUGGAAUGAUGACACCCCAGGUCCCAGGAUCCUUGUUCCAUCUUCGUCAGCCCAUGUGUCAUUGUCUCAUUUUUUUUUCACCUAUGUGUCAUUAAAAUAAGCCUUCUCUGCAGUAAGGACCAGAAAAAGUGUAAAGCCCGAGCAGUGCUGUGCAUCCUGGCACUGUUCUGUAGUGCUGCUAUUCCCUGGGCUUCACUCACCAGGUUUUGCACACUUCAGGGAUUACCAGUGCUGCUGAUCUGAAUUGCCUUAAAACAUCCUGGGCUUUGAGUCCUGGCUCUCUGGGGCUGCCUUGGUUUCCUACCCUGCUUCUCGGAACAGCCACAUCCGGGAUCCUCCCUCAGAGCAAUAAGGCACUGGAACAUGGAGAGUUUUCGGGCAAGUCUGAGGCACCUCACUGCCACUGGGAUGAGAGCCCGUGUUUACUGUGAAGACUUUCUGCUCCCAAAGGUGCACAGAAUUUUGGCAGACCUGUGGUGGAUUUACUCCAAACCUGUCCCAGCAGACAGCAGAGAGCUAUGGACCUUGUUUCUGCAGUGUUCCUGCAUUACAGCUGUAAUAGGAGGCCUCUUUUACAACUGGAUGUUUGCUUCCCUGGAGUACUCCUGGCACCUCUCUGUUGCCAUGGCCAUCUCCUUCAGCCUGCUCCUUCUCCUGACCCUCUUUUUGGUGCAUCCUGCCCGUUGUGUCUUCAGCAUGAUCAUGCCCACGUUGGGCACCAAGCAGGGCCGGAAGCUUCUCUUCUCGACCUGCAUCAUGAUUGCAGUGGUGAACAUAACACCCAACAUCAUAAGCAACAUUAAAACCAUACUGCAGGUUAUUCAGUGCAUCUGCAAGAAUUCCUCUGACAGCCUUCUGAACUCAACUGCCCUGCUAAAGAAAGUCUCCUUGGAGUUUGGGGAUGCGGUCCAAGAAGCCACUCAUUCCAUUCACAAGCCUAUGAAUGGACAUUUUCGCUUUUCAUUGUUUCAGAACAGCUCCUUGAUUUACCAAAAAAUGCACCUUGCUGGUGAGAAAAUUAGCAGAGAGUUCCUGUCUGUUGAGGAACUGGUCAAAGACUCUGUUCGAGUCGCCAACAGACUGGCUGCCGGAUUCUUCAUGCUCUAUCUCUGUUUUGAGUCCACCUGGUAUUUGAAAAAUUAUCUCACCAACCUUCACUUUGACAAUUUUUACAUCACCAAGAAGCUGGAACGUUUAGCCAUGGACAGAAGAGCAGCUCAUCUCCUGGUGGGCUCAUCCAAAAAACUCAUCCGACCAACAGGCUUGAAGCUGUCCAGGGAAGAGGUGGUGCUGUGCCUGGUGCAAGCCAUGCUGGUCACCGUGGCCCUGCUGCUGAUGCUGGUGGUGGUGGCCAUGGAGCACUUUGCGUUCAGCGUGGCAGACACGGCGGUGAGAAAGGCAGCUCAGUUCUCUGCAGUGCCCGUCACUCUCAGCAUCAAAUACAAGGCUGAAAUAGGAAUCCUGCCCUUUCUAUUAAAAAUUCUCUGCCGUCCUUCUGAGGCAUUACUGCUCAGGGACUUCAACAGGACCUACCACCAUCAGCUGAUCUUCAGCUCUGCCCGCUGCAGGAUCAGCCCCCCCACGCCCCCCAACCCCUCUGUGCUGCUCGUGCUGGGGCUGCUCUUCUGCAUCCUCUACAGCACCGUGUUCCUGGAAACCUACGCGCGGCGCCUGUGCCGCGGAAUCGCCGCCUCCUUCUUCCAGAGCUGCGAGGAGAAGAGAGUGCUUCACCUGUACAGGAAACUGGCCAGCAGGCACAGCAAGCAGCAAAACCCUCUGAAGGGUGCUUUGGGAAGUCAGGGGGAUGGCUGGAUGUCUCAUACCACAGCACAGGCUUCAGCCGCAGGAUCACACGUUUAAUUUUCCGGAGUUGGGGAAGUGUUCGGAACUUGGGGAAAAAUACAAGAAAAGAAAAGAAAAGAAAAAGGAAAGGAAAGGAAAGGAAAGGAAAGGAAAGGAAAGGAAAGGAAA